ACGAAUCAAACAAAGUCGGCGGAGCUUUUAACCGUUGUCUUACCUUGUAUGGCGAGGAAAUAUCUACUUUCAUCUGACGAUACGCCACAGCUACGACGUAUUGUUGUGUCCGCUUUGGUACAAAACACGUUUGUCCAAUUAAAUUGCGUGACAUCGGUCAACGGAAAGCAGCGAGAGACGAGCAAGUCGCGUUUUCUCACACCCCGGAAUUGCUGCUGCCCUCCGUCGCCGGCGAACGAUUGCUAACUAGCAGUGGCGUCUCCCAACGCCGAUCGCCAAAUAACGGAAACACUGCAGCUCCUUGUGUCUUGUUGACAUUUGGGGGAGCAAGCGUCAUGGCGUGUGGAGCUACUCUGAAAAGGACUCUGGAUUUUGACCCGUUAUUGAACCAGGCUUCCCCCAAGAGGAGGAGGUGCGCCCCGGUCCGGUCUCCCGUGUCGUCGCCGCAGAAGUACCUCCGCCUGGAGCCUUCGCCGUUUGGACAAGUGUCGUCCAGGCUCACAACAGAGCAAAUCCUGCACAACAUCAAACAGGAAUACAAGCGGCUCAAACGACGAAACCUGGACACUUGUUUCCAGCAUUUAGACGGCUUCACUCCUCUGGAGCUUCACAAUAUUCCCAGUGAAUCUUCCCUAUCAGGUUCGUGCUCAGGCGCAUCCUCUCCCACCAGGAAGGAGCCGCCGUUAUUUUCCCUGCGACAGGUCGGGAUGAUCUGUGAAAGACUACUGAAGGAGCGCGAGGAGAAAAUCCGGGAGGAGUACGAAGAGAUUCUCACAACAAAAUUAGCAGAGCAAUACGAUGCCUUUGUCAAGUUCACACAUGAUCAGCUCAUGCGGAGGUUUGGAGAGCAGCCUGCGAGUUAUGUUUCUUGAAUGGAUGUGGAGGGUAAUACUAUGGGCUGGAACCUCCGUGGCGUAUUUGGACUUUCUCCUAGCUGUGCCAUGUCGCCUCCCAGUGGACUAGAUGGACUAGUCUUCAGCUUUCACGUUUUUUGCUGUUGCUGCUGCAGUUUGGGGGACUCCCUGCUGUUGAAGUGUCCCAGGACCUUCUGUGACUGAAUUCAAGCAGUGGCCUCACAACAUUUAUUUGGCUUUCUUCUUCGGAUGCCUUCACAUAUAUGAGGCUGACUGCCACCAUAACUCUCGCUGGCCUUUUCAAUUUAAUUCCGUUUUCAAUUGUCCUUAUUUUACUAACUAACUUUACUAAGUUUUGUUUGUACAUUUUGGGAAAGUGAUUAAAUUCUGUCAAAGAUAGCCUUCAGACUAGACUUGAAGGAACAUAAAUUUAUUUUUGUUUUACGUCGUACAGGCAUUAUUGCAUCUACAUUUGUACACACCGUUUUGUUUUAUUUUGGUUUUUGUUUGACGUAUUCAUCAUACCAAAACAGAUUUUGCUCCUUGUUGUAAAAAGGGGUGUAAAAUUGGGAAAACUAAUAAACUA